AUGCCACAUCACAUGACAUUUGCAAUUUUUCGAUUUCGGUCAUUGACGGUAUCGGAGAUGGUCUUCAAGCGUGUGAUGGGGCAUUAUAGAUAAGGACUUCACAAAAUAAUAAAUGUGUUUCGUCGUUUGAAGCCACGAAUAACUUUCACUUGGCUUUACGCCAUGGACGCCAGAAACGAUUAAUUGACAUUACAUUUUGGACUACGUGAUAUUAGCUAGCUAGAUAACUUGCUAAAUUAGCUCCCGUUGACUUGUAAUCUAAAUGAGAGAAAGGUCUGAUGCUACCUAGCCAAUUUUUAUGAAAAUCGUGUCGUUAUGUGUAGUUAGCUGACUUACUGUUGUUGGCUAGCAAUGCUGGGGGCUAGCUAGCAAACACAGACAUACAAUGGUGUGCAGCUAACGUUAGAGAUGAGUGGAGCUUGCUCGAACUUGCUUGGUCUAACAUACUCAAAAUGCUCCGUUAUUUAGUAGGUAGCUAAGUUACUUGCAUAAACUUUAAGGAAACCAUUUAUAUUGUUUGCUUGUUAGCUACCUAGCUUUCUACUGCAGUUUUCAAACAAGAUAGCUAACGUUAGCAAGGAUUAACUACUUCCUUGAUGUCUAUAGUUACUCAUCUUGGGAUAUUUUAGUUGGAUGUUGAGCCUCCAUCAGUAACCACGAUAUUAUUGACCAGAUAAGAGGCUAACAUUGCAUAGAGUUUCUUGUUCAGUGGUUGAACUUGUUGACAAGACUUGCUCUCAUUGCUAAUAUAGCUGGAUCCAUAACUCAGUUAGAUGGCAAACGUUAGCUAACUUAAUUGUUUUGAAUGACGGGGACUUAAUUCAAAAGCGCAUUAGACCAUGUUUUUGUGCUGGUCUUACUUUCAAGAGACAAUUGUCAUUAGUUAAAUAAAUAGCUAGCCAGCUAUUUAAGUCAGUUGCUGAGGAUGACUGACCCAGAAAGUCCCCUUUCAAAUUCUGUUUUGGGAGACUUGCAGUGGCUUUGCAUGGUAACACUGUUCAUUGCAUCCAGCAUUACAUUGAUACUGUAUCUAAUACAGUAUUUUUACGACGAUCUACGGAUACAGAAGCCUGAGCAAAACAAUGCGGUUUCGGAGGAAGCGGACGCUCUGUUGGGAUGGGCGCUGUCACUGAAAAGCUGGAAAAGUCAAUGGAGAGUUGCUUGGUGCAGAGCGUUGAAUGACGAAUCGAGGAAGUCUGGGAGCCCAGUGCAACUAACAUUUGAAGAGGAGAGCCUUCAGUCAUCAGAGCUGGUGGUUGGCCAAGUGUCCAGCUUUAAAAAAUCUGCUGGUCAGAAGGCUGCACAAUGCAAGGUUGUCGGGGACAAGCUUCAGUUCUCCCUCAGUGCAUUACCAUCAGCUAUGUCUCCAGGAGAGCCCUGUAGGUACAGCGUGAAGAUAUCGGCACUUGAACUGCAGUUGGACUUGCAGAUAAGGGAGGCUGAAGGAGAGGUCUGGAUGGCCUGGGGGGUGUCCCAUCUGGAGACAUGGGACCUGCAGCUCAGCCCUAGUUUCACACAGGACAAUGCUACAGGCCCAAGUGUGGCUGCAGUAAAGGACGUGCUGAGACAGCUGCUGUGUGCGGCGCAUCCCUCCGUGAUGCUGAGUUGCAGGCCUGCUCAGGCCACAGAGGUCAAGGAGGCCUGUAAGCAGGUGACAUCACCGCCCAAGCCCCCCCGCGCUCACGACUGGAAGCUGCUGGUGAAGAAUAUCCGGGUGACAUGUAAGGAGCAGGAGGACGGUGCUGCAGGCAGUAUGAAUCCCCUGUGUGUGCUGCAGUUAGACGACCCUCCACAGAAACUCUCCACUUCAGUCCUACAAAACACAGCCAGCCCAGCCUGGGACCAGCCCUUCAUCUUUGAGCUGAAUGGACGAUCAAAAGAGCUCAAUAUUCAGCUGCUGGAUGAUGGGAAACCUCAGGAGAACUCCUUAAUGGGUCAAGUGUCUGUGCCUUUUCAUCUGGUGAAGAAGCAACCCAAAGGACAGCAAACAUUUGCCCUCAUAUCCAAAGACCAAGUGACUGGGUCACUUACUGCUGAGUUUACCUACUUGGAACCUAGCGAGGUGCGGUCGUGGCAGCCCCCUACUCCAGCCCUCACUAAGAGAGUGGAAAUGGACCGCACGGUCAUGCCCUGCGGUACUGUGGUCACCACAAUCACUGCAGUAAAGAGUAAACCAGCUCGACCACUACUGCCUGGACUGAGCAAAAAUCCCACCCAGCAGACCCCCAUGAAGCCUCCCAGCGGCACCAAGUCCAAGCUGUCGUCUCGGAGGGUGUCAGAGCAGCCAUCCAUGCUGGGGACGAUGGGGAGUAAGGCCCUGUCCUCCUCCGACACAGAGCUGCUUAUGCUCAAUGGGUCCGAUCCCGUGGCAGAGGCCGCCAUCCGCCAGCUCCACGAGUCAGCCAAGCAGAAGCUCAAGUCCCCGGUCAAGAAGAGCACCAUCAUCAUCUCAGGAGUGGCCAAGACCCCUCUUUCUCAGGAUGAUGAGAUGGCAUUGAUGGUGGGCUACGCUGCUGCGAUGGAUGCCUCCAUGUCGGAGCAGGGUUCUCAGGAGAUUUCUGUGGCGACUGCUUCAGUAGUAGGAGCCAGUAGCAACCUUCCGGAGGCGUGGUCAGAACCCCAGGAGGGCCCCAGUGGAGUUGUCCAGGCUCAAGCCCAGCAGGCCCCGGAGGACUGGGAGAGCCAAGCAGAAGAGGACAUAGACAGAGAUGCAGAUAAAACCUCCAUGUCCAUCUGCAUCUCAGAGUCAGGCUCCAAAAAGAGCAGAGAGGACACCAUUGCUAACCAGAAAUGUUUUCCUGAAGAGAAGCGGCUUCCUUCAAAAGAGUGCCAAGCUGUUCUUCCGCCGGCGCCGCCAGUGCAAGGACCCGGGUAUGAGCCAGUCGCACAACGACCUGGUGUACCUGGAGCAACCUGUGACGGUGGACCGAGAGAAACGCACAGCCACAUUCAGCCGGAUGUUGAACCGCAAGCUGCUGCCCAAGAGCAAGAGCAAAGCCAACGGCUCCACAACCCAGACAUCCACUCCCACCCUGGAGGAACAACACCCAGCCUGACUCUCCCUCCAAUAGUUCUGGAGCCCCCCACGUCACCUCUAACCCCUUCUUUAGUCCUCCAGCCCCCCACGCCGCCACUCUUACCACCUCUAAUCCCUUCUUUAGUCCUCCAGCCCCCCACUCCAACACCCCUACCACCCACUUCUUCCCCUCAUCUAGUCCUCCAGCACCCCACUCCACCACCCUUACCACCUGCUUCUUCCCCUCCACUAGUCCUCCAGCCCCCCACUCCAACACCCUUACCACCUGCUUCUUCCCCUCCUUUAGUCCUCCAGCCCUCCACUCCAACACCCUUACCACCCGCUUCUUACCCUCCUCUAGUCCUCCAGCCCCCACUCCACCACCCUUACCACCUGCUUCUUCCCCUCCUCUAGUCCUCCAGCCCCCCACUCCAACACCCUUACCACCUGCAUCUUCCCCUCCUCUAGUCCUCCAGCCCCCACUCCACCACUCUUACCACCUGCCUCUUCCCCUCCUCUAGUCCUCCAGCCCCCACUCCACCACCCUUACCACCUGCCUCUUCCCCUCCUCUAGGUCUCCAGCCCCCCACUCCAACACCCUUACCACCAGCUUCUUACCCUCCUCUAGUCCUCCAGCCCCCCACUCCAACACCCUUACCACCUGCUUCUUCCCCUCUAGUCCUCCAGCCCCCCACUCCACCACCCUUACCACCAGCUUCUUCCCCUCCUCUAGUACUCCAGCUCCCCACUCCACCACCCUUACCACCAGCUUCUUCCCCUCCUCUAGUCCUCCAGCCCCCACUCCACCAUCCUUACCACCUGCUUCUUCCCCUCCUCUAGUCCUCCAGCCCCCACUCCACCACCCCUACCACUCGCUUCUUCCCCUCUAGUCCUCCAGCUCCCCACUCCACCACCCUUACCACCUGCUUCUUCCCCUCCUCUAGUCCUCCAGCACCCCACUCCACCACCCCUACAACCCGCUUCUUCUCCUCAUCUAGUCCUCCAGCCCCCACUCCAACACCCUUACCACCAGCUUCUUCCCCUCCUCUAGUCCUCCAGCCCCCCACUCCACCACCCCUACCACUCGCUUCUUCCCCUCUAGUCCUCCAGCUCCCCACUCCACCACCCUUACCACCUGCUUCUUCCCCUCCUCUAGUCCUCCAGCACCCCACUCCACCACCCCUACAACCCGCUUCUUCUCCUCAUCUAGUCCUCCAGCCCCCACUCCAACACCCUUACCACCAGCUUCUUCCCCUCCUCUAGUCCUCCAGCCCCCCACUCCACCACCCUUACCACCUGCUUCUUCCCCUCCUCUAGUCCUCCAGCCCCCCACUCCAACACCCUUACCACCUGCUUCUUCCCCUCUAGUCCUCCAGCUCCCCACUCCACCACCCCUACCACUCGCUUCUGCCCCUCUAGUCCUCCAGCUCCCCAUGCUGCCUCCACCCCUACCACCUUGCACUGACUGAGAGAUCCCACUUCCCAAGCCGUGAAUCAUACACUACUGGUUGGGAAAACUUUGUCUUUUAUCUCCCUUCCUCCUGCUCUUCCUUCACCCUCACCUUUUUUUGAAGCAAAAAUAUUUGACAGGAAGUUUAUCUGUUUGGGUGAUGCUAAUUUGAAUAACUUUCACCUUCAUGCCGUUUCACGAGAUAUUUUUUUUGUGUGAUUUAAGUUUACCGUUUGUUUACAUCAUUAUUGAAACAUUCUGUGUGUAUGGCCUUCUAAACCAUGAGAAGAACUACUGGUGGCCAACCUGGACCCUUGUCCAAUCAGAGGGUAGUAAGGGCAACCUGAUGGGAUCUAAUGGAAGGUGGACCAAA